AUGACUAAAUGGGAUGAUAAAAAAGAUGAAGAUGAAGCAGAAGAUGGUCUUGAAGGGGUUGCUUGGACAUUAUCACUGCGUAGUUUGGAGGGGAGUUUGAUACGGUCACGAGAUUCAAAGAACUCAAACCUUCUUAGUUCUUUAGCAGUUUGGUUGGAUUGUCUUGGUGAUUUUAGAGGAAAAUUAGAUGGGUUUUCUUCAAAAAAUGAUUUUGACGAGAAUUUCAGUUCAAAUUGCAAAUUUGAAGAAUUUGAUAUUACAGAAUUGAGGAAACAGGUAAAAAUUGAGAGGAAGAGAGCAAAUACAGCUUAUGCAGAACUUGAGAAAGAAAGGGCAGCUUCUGCCACUGCAGCAGAGGAAGCGAUGGCUAUGAUUUUGCGACUUUGGAACGAGAAGAGCGUGAUCGAAAUGGAAGCUAAUCGGAAAUCGAACUUAAAAUUGAAAGUUUUCAAGAUGACUCAUGCUGGCAUUCGAGGUGGUCAGGUGACUGACGGAAGAUUGAUUCAUGAGGAUGGAAUUGAUGAAGAAGAUGAGGAUAUUGAGAGUCAGCCCAAUGUUCUUGUAAGGAAAAACUCGACUUCAAUUGUUACAUAA